AUGAAUGCGGCGCCCCUUGUGGGCUACAGCAGCAGCGACUCUGAGGACGAGGAGGCCGGAGCCCGGGGCCCAUGGGAUUCGGGAUGCCGCCACCGGGACCGGACUCCCCUUUCCAGCCAAAGGUUGCCAGUACCUGACAGCGUGCUGAACAUGUUCCCAAGCACCAACGAGGGGCCUGAGGAUGAUAGUGCUAAACACGGGGGCCGGGUACGGACCUUCCCGCAUGAGCGGGGCAACUGGGCCACUCACGUGUACCUGCCCUACGAAGCCAGUGAGGAGUUCCAAGACCUGCUCGAUGCGAUUGUGCCCCACGCCCUGAAGUAUGUCCCCCGGCUGGUGAGGAUGGAGGAAUUUCACCUCAGUCUGUCCCAGAGCGUGGUCCUGCACCAUCACUGGAUCAUCCCUUUCAUGCAGACCCUGAAAGAGCGCAUGGCCCCCUUCCAAAGGUUCCUCUUCGCUGCCAACCAGGUAAAGAUCUAUACGAAUCAAGAGAAAACCAGGACGUUCAUUGGACUCGAGGUUACCACGGGGCAUGCGCAGUUCCUGAGCCUGGUUUCCGAGGUGGACAGAGUCAUGAAGGAAUUCAACCUGGCCACUUUCUACCAGGACCCCUCAUUCCACAUCAGUGUGGCCUGGUGUGUGGGCGACGCACGUCCCAAGUUGGAAGGGCAGUGCCUGAAGGAAUUACAGGAAAUCGUGGAUGCAUUUGAGGACUCGGAGCAGCUGCUGCGGGUGUGUGCUGAGCAGAUCCGCUGCAAGUCUGGGAACAAGUUCUUCUCCUUGCCCCUGAAGUGA